AUGGCGCGGCCACGAGCGAGAAGCGCGGCUAAACAGGGCGUGCCAGCCCACGAGCUGAGGGAGGGUGUAGAGCUGCGCGAGUUGCGGAUACACCCUGUCUACUGUCCGGAAAGCGCGCCACCAAGCCCUCCAGAAGAAGAGUACAUCGACCUCUAUCCUGAGCUCGAGGCGUGCCUUUGCGCUCUUGAUGAGGGGCAAGUCAGAACCCACAACACCGACGCCUUCAGUACGCUCGCCAAGAGAGGCGGGCUCGACGGUUUUCCAGGCGCCGCCGACGCACUGUACGCGGCAAUCAACUUUCGGGAAUUCCCCGAACAGUACACGCGCUUGCCGUCCGUGUCCGAGGCCCAUAAUGUCGACGAGAGGACGUUUAAGCACGCUCUCGCCCUCGUUGACUACCUCUACGCACGACACUUCAAGAUUAAUUUCGACAUCAGCUGUUCUGCUGACCAGUUCACCGUGCUGGUGAGUGAAACCUGCGGAACGCCAUCAGCACACCUUACCGACCUAUCCGCUGACGAAGGCGACCAGACGACGCACCUCCACAUCGACUCAUGCGGAGGCGCCCACGUCUUCCGAGACAAAGCCUUCAUCCUCGACCCUUCCGCCCACGUGCCGACCAAUGUCCGCAUGAAUACCGGCACGGGUCAAUCCGAAACGUGUCACUCCUAUGGACCCUUCGCCUUCGAGGUGCAAGACCGAGACGGCAACUGGUUCCCCGUCGUGCGCAACGGAUUUUUCCUCCCGACGUUCAAAGCAAACAUCUUCUCGGUGAAUCGCGACCGCCGUCUCAACGGCUCCGAGAUCAUCCCAUCUCAAGAUGUGAGCUCGAUCAGCGCACGCAACAACGACACGCUCAUCAUAGACGGACGAGAAGUCUCGGUGUCAAACGCCAAAGACAUCUCACGGGUGGCCAUCAGGCCAGUCAGCGGGUACGACCAAAGCCUAUCCACUGCCUUAUGGACGGAAUUGAGCCCAGACGUGGAGCUCAUGCACCGCCGCCUAGGGCACAUGCCUCUCGCAGCUAUGGCUAAACUGCCAGAGCACGCUGUCGGCUGCGACAUCCAUAGCGAUGUAGAGCGCGAUUUUGCUGUAGAGUUUGUUGUCGAGGCUCUACAGCCAAAGUAA